UUCCUUCUCUGCCACGUCUCCCUGCGUUCUCUAGUACCUCCUCUACCCCUGGAUUUCUCCUCUGUUCACAGUCCCUUUCUGGUUCACCAGCUCCCUGUGGUCUCAUGAUGCUGUCCUGUCCCCCAUCUUCUAGCUAUUUCCUUAUCUCCCUGUACCCUGUAACCCUUUCUCUAUUCCCUGGCAAAUCUCAUUUACCAUGACUCCUUUGACUCCAUCUGACCCCUAUGACUCCUUUCCUGACCAAGCCUUUGCCAAAGAUUCCCUCCUUACUACCUUACUCUCUUCUUGUCUCUGUAAAUACUCUCAUCUUUCCACCUCACCCCAAACUGUCUCCUCUUCUCACCUUUCACUCUUAGUCCCCGACUUACUUGCAUACUGAUGGCCAUUCUAGCUUUUUCUUCCAGGACACUAUGGACCCCCGGGGGCCAGCCCCCCAGCCUUUCCAGCGGCCUGAGAAACCUGGUCGAGUCCGCCGUCGGAAGACCAGGCGGGAGCGUAAUGAGGCCCUGAUGGGCAGCCGCCGGCCACUGACCUGUCAGCAUCCUUCUGUGACCAGUCAAGAUCCUCUUGUGGCCCCUACUGCUCCCAAGCUUGUGGUCAUAACCCAGGGCCGGCUGAGCCGGGAGCACCGGGGUCUUUUCAACCAUGAGGUGAAAUCUCUGGACGUGGCUCGGCUGCUUAGAGGUGGGCCCCUGGAACCAGGCACCCCGUCACUCCCUGCCAAACCCUCCCCAAGCCCAAGCCCAGUGCAAGAACCAGCUCUACAGUCAAGAGGCAAGGAGAACCAGGUCCCUAGAGGCUCAGGCCCAGGUCUGCCCAGUUCCAGUCCCGCAAAGCUCCCUGGCUUCGGGCAGCUGUUGGAGGAGCUGCAGUGCCAGCUGAUUCUGCCACAGGCCUUCCCCAGGAGGAACCUAGUGCAAGAAGCCAGGGAUGCCAUUGUGAGCACCUUACAGGCCUGCCAUGGCUGUGUGCCUGACCUCACUCUGGUGCUCCGUGGUUGCCAGCCGCCCUUACCAGGGACCAAGACUGGGGGCCCUGAAAGCCAAAGAAUGACACCUUCCUGGAUCAAAAGCCCCAACCAGUGCCCAGGGGAGGGGAGGCAGAGGAGGCAACAGAGGACAAAGGAGCUCACCUUUGCUCACAGCUCCAGCACUCCUAUGGUGCAUAGGGUGAGCUUGGCACCAUCAAAAGGUCCCUGGCCACCCCCCUUGCCCUUGUUGCCUUCACCAUCUGGGGCAGCCUGGGGCCCCCCAACAGCCUUUGAUCUGCUGAAAAGCAUCUGGCUGGUAGCCACACCGCCCCCUCCGCGGCCCUGGGGGGUUGGGCCACAACAGCCCCUGCCUCAGCCACCAUCACCCUUGUUGCCCGGAACCUCUGCCCUGGACUGGAGCCCCAGCCCCCCUGCCCCACUGCCCAGCCUCUCCUGGGUAGUGGCCCAGAGCAGCCCAGAGGCCUGGUCUUUUCCACCCAUGAGACUGUACUGA